AUGGGAGAGGUAGUUGAUCAAUGGGCAAACAUUCAUCAAGAUAUGUUGGACGAAUUCGCAAAGCGGUUCCAUUUAUAUGAUGACUAUCUUCAACUUCGAUUGGUUUGUAAGCAGUGGAACUUCAAACUUCCGAAGAUCCUCAAUGGCAACAAAGCUCCAUGGCUGCUGUUACCUAUUGGCGGCGGUGCUGCUACUAACGAAGCUUUCAAAGUUGAUACUCACAAAGAAAUUCUUGAAGAGAAGGGGAUUUACCAUCUCACACUUCCCGAAUUACAAUACCAACUUAUCCGUGGUUCUUGUUAUGGAUGGUUAAUAAUUGUAUCCAUGUACGAAGGCACCAUAAGAAUGUUAAAUCCAUUGACAAAAGUUUUCUUGGAUCUUCCUCCAAUCUCAAAUCUGCCGGAUGUAAUUUAUAACGAAGAUCAAUGUAGUUUUUACUUUCAUGGACACUACAUGAUCACCGAGAAAACCAUCCUUGCAAAUAAAUUUCUAAUUUGGAAGGUUAUUAUAAAUUCAGCUCCCGAUGACAUUAAUUUUAUGGCGGUGGCUUUAUAUGGAUCUUCUAGAUUGGCCUUUUACAAGCCAAGUAAUAAGAGAUGGCUGAAAUUACCAACAAGGGCUCUUCCAUAUUUUCAAGAUGUCAUAUUUUUUCAACGGUGGAUAUUUGCAAUAGAAUAUGAUGGGCAGCUAUACAGAUUUGAUACAAUGACAAAAGCAGGUCCCAUGGUAACAAUUUUUAAACCCUCAACUCCCUUUCAUACUGUUACUACAAAAGACAUUAAUCAAAAAUAUCUGAUUGUGACUGCUGAUAGAAGUUUAUUGAUGGUGGUAAGACAUCUUAUUAAUUUGAUUUGUGAGGAAGAGGAACGUUCCUACAAGACUACCAAAUUCGAUAUUUAUGAAUUGAAGGAAAAUUCAAAUGCAUGGUCAAGGAUUAGUAGUUUGGGAAAUUAUAUACUGGUAAUUGGAUUUAAUGCUUCUGUUCAAAUGUUUGCUGGCAAUCUUUUAAAUUCCAAAGGAAAUCAAAUCUACUUUACAGAUAGCUUGGUUGAAGAGCAAUCGUUAGUAGAGACUUAUUAUCAUAACAUUGGCAUCUUCAAUUUAGAAGAUGGGAGUUGCCAAGAAGUGUUAUCAGAUGUUAACUUUUUUUGUCCUCCUGUUUGGAUACUUCCUUGA